CCUUUGAAAUCAUAAUAUAUAUAAAGCCGUGCUGCAGGCCAAAGAGCAGCAUACUAUCUUCAGAGUUUCUUCACAGAAAACGCCUGCAGAAGAUCAACCAUGAACGCCUUCCUGAUGCUCACCGUUAUUGGAGCCGGCCUCGUUCUGUCCGAUGCCGUGCAGCCUCUAGGCGCGGGAUACAACAGCCGCUGCGUGUGUCUGAGGCUGGAGUCCAGGAUCAUCCCUCAGGAGAGCCUGCGGCGCGUCGAGAUCCUUCCCAGAGGCCCGCACUGCAAGACCACCGAGGUCAUUGCUGAUUUGUCGAGUGGAGAGAGGAUCUGCCUGAACCCCAAAACAACAUGGGUUAAAAAACUCAUUCUGUUCGUCGAGAGAAAGGAGCGCGUGACCAAGAAAGAGUAGAAGACGUUGAUGAUAACCUUUUGAUUUUCACUACUCACAACACUCACUAGAAGAGUUCAUAACACUUAUAUGCUAUCUUUUUGGUUCCUUCAGAAGAUUUCUGUUCGUCUGUCUUGUAUACUAGCCCCUCAUUUCGAUUGUUACGUGUUCGUCCUGAUGAAUAUUUCCAGAUGAACCAAAAUGAGGUCCACACUACACGCUUAUACUCUGAUUGAUUAACUGUUUUCGUUUUAUACCGAUACAAUCAAAGUUUUCGAUGUUGUCGUAAUUGCACUUCCACUGAUACAAAAUGUUUGGAUGAUGGUUUUUAAUAAAUCUUUUCUCUUAAAAAAACUAUUCUGCUCGGUGUCCUUUGAGGAGGUUAGUAACAUUGCCUCGGUGAAUAAUGGUUUUCUUGCAUAUUGCAUUUCACAAUACGAUUUCGGUCCAGAUGUGGUUUUAAAUGAGAGCUUGAGGCGAUCAAUUAAUCACAAGCCUCAUUCAUUAACCCAAAAACGUACCGAUAGCCCACUUGCUAUAAAUUUGCAAGCUGUCUUUGGAUUUAUUUUGAUUUAUUGCACGUGAGAAAGCAGUGAUUUACAGGAAGCGGCCCGUUUUCACUUGUUAUCAGUUUGACUGCAGAUGAAAUUCACCCGAAAGUUGAGAGCCGCUAGAUUCAGAUAUGCUUUCAUCGGCAUUCUUUGUUAUAUUGGUGUGUAUCUAGCGGACGAUGUGUGAUAGACGGAUGUUUUUGGCCGAAAUGAGUUAUGGUGGUUUGUGAUUGAGGAUCAAACACAUAAAAACUCUCUGUCUCGUGCACACACCGGGAUUCCCCAAUAAAGACGCUUAUCAUAAAAGUCUCUGAA